AUGGCAUCAAGUAGCAAUAACUUCACGGAAAACCACCCCGGAUCAUCUUCCAAACAAACCCGUUCUAAAGAUCCAAUUCCACUCCCCUUCGACAGCAUCCGUAAUCCGCGCUCCUCGCCAUGCCAUUCAUCUCCAUCCUCAUCGGUCUCCUCCCGUCACCCUACAAAACCCAUCUAUGCUAUCUAUUCCCCCAACCACGCCUCUCUCCAAUACGUACACGGGAAUGGUACACUCGUCGAUCCCCUCUACAUCUGUCCACUCAUCACCUUCAAUAACGGUGAUAAAUUCUGUUCCCGUCAACGUCUCAAUACAAUCGAAUGCAUGAAUCGCUCCGCACGCUAUUACCAAAUGACUCACUCCCCCUCCUGGAACGAAGACGGAGCCCACGAAAAAGCCUUCCGCGGUGUUUUCACCAACGAGAAAACCGUCAAAGAAGCCCUAACAUACAUAUCCGAUCUUCGAUUCGGACCCGACAACAUAGCAGCAUUGAGAACACUUCCUCUCGAUCCCCAUCUCGUUUCUAAUGCUCCAGAUCAAAGCGCUCCCUGCGUUUCUCUCAUCGCGUCACCAACGUGGGAUUUUAGCGUCCAUCAUGCCGAUUUUACUGAUCCGCAUCUGGAUCCAGCUCAUGAAAGUAAAUUGUUAGAGUAUUUCCAGACAUUUAUCCAACGCUACCGAAAUCACGUCUCCUAUCCGGUUUUUAAAAAGGCAGCGUAUGUGCUCGCGGGCAUGGAACAAGUCGGUGCAAUAUACUGGCAAAGCGGACGGGAAGCGGUCAAAACACAAGGAGGAUGGACUGUGGAUGAUUUUCUGGCGAGGUUUGCAAAGUAUGAACAAUUUACCCAGGAGUGGAAAUUUUUGUACGCCCCGAAUCCGAUUACGUGGUUGGAAGCAGAGUUGGCAGAUGAGGCGACGAGAGAGAGAAUGGGUGGAAGGAGAAGAAAAGCGCCGUGGAUGGGAUUAGUGGAGGGGGUUGAGACGACGGAAGUUGUGAGUUGGCAGGCGUUGUGUGAGUUUUAUUGGGACGAUGGUGAAGAUGGGAGGGGACAUCUGAGAGUGUUUCCGCGUGAGGGUGAGGAGAUUGAAGAUGGUGGUGAGCCUGAAAUUGUGAUAAAGAAUGAGGAUUCGGGAGAAAUUGCAACGCGGAGUGGUAUUUCGUUUGAGCAGAAGUAUUUUGGUGAGUCGACUAAGAAAGGUCAUGGAAAGAAUGGAAAGAGAAGUUGGGAGGGGUACGAUGAGAGUCCAGCGAUGAAGAGAGCAAAGUCAGCUGCGCUGAGUAUGAUUUCGGGUUCUGGAUAA